AUUAAUAUUACUAGAUUACGGAUUUCUAACCUUACGUGGUGUCCAUUUGAAUAGGUAAUAGUUCCUACUUUAUUUUUCAGAAAUUAUUACAGAUUAAUAGAAAAGUAUUCUCCAAAAACCAUAAGAUUAUAGAAUAGUGAGGUUAAGCGUCUAAGAAUGUCGGCAGAAGAACAGUCAAAUUUGCGUUUAGGACCCGAUCCGAAUGUUACUUAUCCGAUUAAAGUACAAUACUGUGGGAACUGCUCCCUUCCUAUCGAGUACUGUGAAUAUUAUCCAGAAUAUGAAAAAUGUAAGCAAUGGCUAGAGAGAAACUUGCCAACAGAAUUUGAAAAAGUUAAACUGGUAGAAGAUAAUACUACCGAAGCUGGUGGAGGUGAAGAUGAAAAGAAACGUCAAAAACGCGGUGGUAAAGGUAUGCUUAAGACAAAAAAGAAAGACGAUGUUCCAAAGUUAGUAACUGUGUCUAGAGCACCUAGAGGAAAAAAGAAAUCUGUCACAGUCGUGACUGGUCUUAGCACUUUUGACAUAGAUUUGAAAGUAGCUGCGAAAUUUUUUGGUAGCAAAUUUGCGUGUGGGUCCAGUGUAACAGGGGAUGAUGAAAUAGUUAUACAAGGGGAUGUGAAGGAUGACUUAUUCGAGGUGAUUCCAGAAAAAUGGCCACAGAUCGACGAAGAUUCAAUAGACGAUCUUGGAGAUCAAAAAAGAUAAUGGGACAACUAAAAUCUUACAUGCACAAUUGUAUUUAAUAUUAUGCUAUUUCCAUGUUUAUUACGAAUAAAAUGUACAUAAUGCAAAAUAUUUUUAAA